CUGGCCCCCAGUGCUCCUGGAGAAGAAGCCAAAGAGGAGCAAACUGAGGUGGAUGAGCUCCAGCCUCCAUCAGUGGUCAGACCACCAUAUUCUCAACGUCAGCCAGUCCUUCUAGAGAAAGGGCAGGAGCAGAUUGCUUCAUCAGAGAUGCCAUGGCAGACUCAGGGAGAGCUGUUCCCAGCGCGAGAGCAGGAAGAGCAGCUCAGGCAGCAGGUGGAAGAGCCACAGGAGAAUGGCCAGAACAUCAAAGCAGAGCCACAAGCAGAGCUGCCCGAAGCUCAGAGUGCCAUCAUGGCAGUGAAGAGGAGGAACAAGGAAGACAUGAGUAGAAUUCAAGAGGAUAAUCUCCAUCAGCAGAGGAGCGAUCAACAAAACCAGGUGAGUGAAAGAGUGGCAGGCACUCCACUCAUGAAAUAUCCUCUCCCUUCUCCUUUACAGUCUAUCAAGGGACACGUGCAGGCAGAGCUGCAGGACUCUGAGGCUAGCAACAAGGUAAGGGAGAAGAGGCUGGAGGAAGAAAUGAAAAUCAUCAGAGAGAAACUUAAUCGCCUCCCUCAGGCUCUAGAAGUGGCCAUAAAGAAAAUAAAUCUCCAAGGACUGGGGAGGAAGGAACUAACUGUUAAUGAAAUCGUGAUCAUGAAGAGGUAUAGGAGUUCCAGUGUUGUGAAUUAUUUAGACAGCUACCUUCUGGGUGAGGAACUCUGGCUGGUUAUGGAGUACAUGGAUGGAGGCGCCCUCAGUGAUGUCAUCCACAAGACCUGCCUGUCUGAAGACCACAUUGCAGCCAUCAGUCGGGAGUGCCUGCAAGGACUGGAUUUUCUUCAUUCAAACGAUGUGAUCCAUCGAGAUGUGAAGAGCGACAACAUCCUUCUCAGAACUGACGGUUCUGUCAAGCUGACUGAUUUUGGCCUCUCUACUCAGCUCACCCCUGAGCAGAGCAGACCGUGCUUGGUAGCCGGGACUCCUUGGUGGAUGGCACCUGAAGUGGUGACAGGUCAACCAUAUGGCCCCAAAGUGGACAUAUGGUCUUUUGGAAUUGUGGGGAUUGAAAUGUUAGAAAAAGAACCUCCUUACUGGGACCAAAGUCAUACCUCGGCUCGACGCCUGAUAGCCACAGUAGGGACCCCAAAACUGCGGCAGCCCAAGCUCCUCUCAGCUUUGCUGCGUGACUUCCUGAGCUGCUGCCUGCAGACAGAUGAGGAGCAGCGCUGGUCUGCCAAGGAGCUCCUGCAGCAUCCAUUUGUAAGAUUUGCUGAGCCUGCGUCCAGCCUGGUGCCACUGAUUGUUUCAGUGAAGAAGAGGAAGGAGACAAGAAUGUGA